AUGGCCGGCCCCAGGAUCCCCUUCUCUGAACCGCCAUGGCUAAUGGGCCUUCCGUCGCCAUACUUUUCCGCCUCCCACCGGGCGUGGCAGGCCGCCAUCCGGCCGUUCGUGCAGACGUACCUCCACGCGCAUGCCGUCGAGUGGGAGCAGGCCGGGACGGUGCCGGAGCACGUGUUUUCCGAGUUUGCCGCCGCCCACAUGCUCAUCCCCGCGCUGCCCGCCCCGCUGCCCGUGGCCUGGCUGAAGCGGCUCGGCAUCCACACCCUGCUUGGCGGGCUCCCCGUCGACCAGUUUGACGCGCUGCACGGAUACAUCUACGGCGACGAGAUGGCGCGGAGCGGCUUGGUGGGCCCCGGGGCAAGCCUGACCACGGGCAUGGCGUUUGGAGUGCCGCUCAUCUUGAAGUUUGGGAGCGAGGAGCUGAAGGAGGGGCUUUUGCCUGAUCUUUUGACGGGGAGGAAGAGGUGUUGCAUUGCGAUUACCGAACCCGAUGCGGGGAGUGAUGUGGCGGGCAUUGUGACGACGGCCGUGAAGAGCGCGGAUGGGAAGGAAUGGAUUGUUAAUGGGAGUAAGAAGUGGAUAACAAACGGCAUAUGGUCCGAUUACGCCAGCAUGGCCGUCCGCACCGGGUCUCCCGAAAGCGGCGCAAAUGGCAUCUCUCUGCUGGUUGUCCCCCUCAAGGGCCAUCCGGGAGUCACAAUGCGCCGUCUAAAUGUCUCGGGCUUCGUCUCCUCGGGCACAACCUACAUUGAGCUCAACGACGUGCGGGUGCCUGUCGAGAACUUGAUCGGCAAGGAGAACCAGGGAAUGCGCUACAUCAUGACCAACUUCAACCACGAGCGGCUGGCCGUGGCCACGGGCACUACACGGCAAGCGCGAGUCGCUCUCUCGACCGCGUUCGAGUACGUCCUCAAACGUGUCGCGUUCGGCAAGCCCCUCAUCGAGCAGCCCGUGGUGCGCCACCGGCUCGCCAAGGCCGGCGCACUGCUUGAAAGCUUGACGGCGUGGGUUGAGCAGUUCGCCUUUCAGAUGACUCAGUUGCCGAGCCAGCAGGCCGACGUGCAGCUCGGCGGGUUAACAGCCUUGCUGAAGGCUCACGCAGGGAUGGUCUUUAAGGAGUGUGCCGAUGUGUCGGUGCUCCUGUUUGGAGGUAACGGAUACACCAAAUCUGGGCAGGGCAUGCUUGCCGAGAUGUUAUAUCGGGAGGUCAUGGGGACCAGGAUUCCGGGGGGCUCCGAGGACGUGCUUCUCGACCUUGCCGUACGGCAGUUGGUCAAGAUAUUCAGCAUCCAGACCAAGAUGCUGAUGGCCGCGGAAUCAUCGAAGCUCUGA